CAGAACACAAUAAGACAAAUUAUUUAAUUGAUUAUAUAUGUAAUUACAAGUAUUUGCGACACUGAUACCCCAUAUAAAUUAUUGUUUCUGAGAGAGAAGACGAGAACUGAGCCGGCUAAUCAUCUGUCUAAAAAUCAAAAGGGAGCAGCUUCUCAGAGCUCCUCUCCACAAGAGAUUUAAAUGUUGAUUUUUUUUGGUUUAAUUUGUAUUUUUUGGUAUGGAGAUGAACCGAGGUGAACUGACGAAUCUCUCGGAGAAUUUUUAGGCGCGUCGAAAUGCGUCGAGAGAAACGCGAUCUUCGAUCUGAGAUUCCAGAUCUGAGAUCUGCGACUGCGAACCUGGCACAUUUCUAUAUAAAUCCGGUGUACUUGAACGGAAACCAAACAUUCCUGUUGCAAUCGCCUUCAGAGCAGGAUUACCCAGUCGCAUCAGUCUACAGGAUACUUCUUUCCAAAAGGAUAAACGAAUUUAAAUCAACAAACAUGUUCACCAAGUCCAUGCUGAGCUUCUCCUUGCUGGUGGCCCUCUUUGCUGUCUGCCACACCAGCCCCGUUCCCGAUGACAAUGGCAAGUAUACGGUUUCCCCCCAAAACUCUAACGACGGCAGAUAUCGCGCCAUUGAUGAUGGACGUUACCAUCCCAGUUCCCAGAACGAAGGCCGGAGUGGUGCACAGGAUAGUUUAGGUCGCUAUCACCACAUGCCCCAGCCCUACCAGCAUGUGACCGAUCAUCGCGAACUGGGAAUCUACCACCACAUUCCAUAUCCCUAUGACGGUGGUUAUGGACCCUAUGCUGGCCUCAAUCUUCCCUAUGUCCAUGAUGACAGGCCCUACAACCACGACCUGUACACAUCCACGACCACGAAGAAACCCACUACCACCACCAAGAGGACGACGACCACCACCACCACGACCACCACUACGCCCAGGAGUAUCCUCUUCAACUACGACGACGAGGGUCGUCACAAGAUCCUGCACCAGGAGGAGAUCCGCAAGAAGGACAAAUACGAUCAUGCUUUCCUGACUGAGAACGGCAUCUAUGGCGAGGAACAGGCUAAGCUCCACCACACCGGUGGAACCCACGCCAAGGGCUUGUAUGAGUACACUGGCGACGACGGCAAGCUCUACCGAGUGAACUAUGCCUCCAACGACGGUGGAUUCAUGCCCGAGGGUGAGCACAUCCCCACUCCGCCCCCAAUUCCCGAGGCCAUCGCCCGCGCCCUCAAGUACGUGGAGGAGCAGCACAAGGCCCAAGGAGGAGCUCAGUUCGACCACCGCGGCUUCCGCAUCAACCACAUGACCAAGGAAAUCAAGGCCCAGAUCAAGACCAUGCACUCGCAGCACCUGCCCAAGGAGCUCAGCGAGCAGAUUAAGAUGCUGGAGCAUGAGGUGGAGCUGGCCGAGGAGGAGGAGCGUGAAGAGCUGGAGCGCGAGCGGAAGGCGGCACUGAAACACUAAGAUCUAGUCUCGAGUGCAUCCUGCAGUGUCCCUCAUCCUCAGCCACAAGUCCCACUAACCCUUAAGGAGUCCCCAAAAACCACGUCCUAGUCCACUUAGAACCCAAAAACCCAACUCCAUUCCCCCACGCAUUUGCCUAGUGAUCCUUCCGGGCAAAAACUAUAACAAGCCAUCGCAAAACCACAAAAAAAAAAAAUGAAUCCACUAAAAAAUGAAUGAAAAUGUGAAAAACUCAUGUGGCAACCGGAAAAUGUUCGUAUUUAUGUUAUUUCGUAUUUAUUUAUCCAACGAACCUGUCGAAUUUGACGAUGUUGCUAUGCAUAAGAUAAUUAAUUUGUUAUUUGGUAUAUAUCGCAAUAAAGCCAACUAAAUAUUUUGUUAUAAA